AUGGCGGCCAGCAGCAACUACUGGGAAGAUUUGCGUAAACAGGCCAGGCAGCUGGAGAAUGAGCUGGACCUCAAGCUGGUCUCCUUUAGCAAGCUCUGCACCAGCUACAGCAGCAGCAACCGAGACCAGCGGACAAGGUCCGAUUCUGUUGGCUCAUCUCAUGACAACAUGCUGGUGGCGAUGACUACUGAGCUGGAGCAGCUCCUGACCAAUCUAACAGCAGUCAACGACAAAAUGGCAGAAUACACGAACACCCCGGGAGCUUCGUCGCAUAAUGCAGCACUGAUGCACACCUUACAGAGACACAGAGACAUUUUACAGGACUAUACUCAUGAGUUCCACAAAACCAAGAGCAACUUCUUCAGCCUGCGAGAACGAGAGGACCUGCUGGGUUCUGUUCACAGAGACAUUGAGUCCUACAAGAGCGGUUCAGGGGUGAAUAACAGACGGACAGAGCUCUUCCUGAAGGAACAUGAACAUCUCAGAAGCUCCGAUCGGCUUAUUGACAAUGCAAUAAGCAUCGCCAUGGCUACCAAAGAGAACAUCACAUUUCAGCGUGGGAUGCUGAAGUCCAUACAAACCAGGGUCACAACUUUGGCCAACUCCCCUCCGCCCCUCAGAUCGUUUCCCCGCCAUCAACAAUCUUGUCCAGAAAAUCAAUUUGCGCAAGAGGCGGGACUCGUUAAUUCUAGGUGGGGUGAUUGGCGUCUGCACCAUACUCCUGUUGCUCUACACUUUCCACUGAAUCGCUGAUCAACUGACCUGCAGCUCCCUCAUUUUUACUGAGACCAAAUGUUGCCAAGACUUUUUUAAUAUAUUGUCAAUGGUUCUUCAUGUUGUAGUUCACUCACCCCCCCCCCACCCCAAAAAACAGAUAUGAAAAAAAAUCACUUUAAGAAAAGUCUAAAGAUUAAAGUCUCUGAUAAGAGUUUAUUUAUUUUGCUGAAUUAUGAUAACAUUUCCAUGAGAAAUCUGUACUUUGCUGCUUAUAUCCUGUUGUAAUUUUAGCUCUUUAUAAAUGUAUGAAGUCAUAUUUUACUGACAUUGUAUACUGUUGAUGUCAUACUUUUUUAUAUGGUGUUGGCGGUGCCUACUUAAAUAAAGGUGAUGA